ACUGACCAUUUCGAAAUCAGCACAGCACAACACAACACAACUUUCUCUCUGCACAUUUCAUUGGAAUAUAAUUGUUUCACUGUCAAGAAGAGAAAAGCAUCUGCGAUCACUUUAUUACAAGGUUGUGACUUUUUGGUGGAGUUCAUCAUCUGGCAUCAUGGCAGCGUUAACAAGUGGAGAGCAGCUAGUCAAAUAUCUCUUAUUCGCCUUUAAUUUUGUUAUUUGGCUUGCAGGUACAGGAGUCCUGGCUAUUGGACUCUGGCUGCGUUUUGACAAGAAGACCGAAAGCCUGUUUCAAGUGGAAAACUCCCCUUCCACAUUCCUCACUGGUGUUUACAUCCUCAUUGUGGCUGGAGCCCUCAUGAUGGUGGUUGGGUUCCUUGGGUGCUGUGGAGCCAUCAGAGAGUCCCAGUGUAUGCUGGGAUUGUUCUUUAUUUUCCUGCUCGUCAUCUUUGCAGCAGAAGUGGCUGCAGGUAUUUGGGGGCUGUCCAACAAAAGCAAGAUUGUAGAAGAGGUAAAGCAAUUUUACAGUGAGACCUUUGCUAAUUACCAAAAUACAAAGCAGCCAGCACUGAAGGAAACUUUGAAAGCCAUUCAGUAUAGUCUUCAGUGCUGCGGUCCAUCUGGAACAGUGUUUGAUGGUGCCUCAGACACCUGCCCAAAGAAGGAGGGUUUGGAUGUCCUAAUCACUACGAGCUGCCCAGCUGCAAUACAGGACCUGUUUGAUUCGAAGAUGCACAUUAUUGGAGGUGUGGGCAUUGGCAUUGGUUUGAUCAUGAUCUUUGGCAUGCUCUUCAGCAUGUUGCUGUGCUGUGCCGUCAGACGAACACGAGAUGUUGUGUAGAGAAGCUUGCACACUACCUUUGUGGCCUUUAAAUGUAGGUCAUGUGUUCACUGCCACUGCACAUUGCUUCAUCAUUGCUUAUUAUAUUAUAGUUUCUAAUGCUAUUGCAUAUCCAGGUGAAAAUAUCACUGGAGACCUCUCUUCAUACCCCUGAGUUUUAUCAUGACCAAAUUGUCUGGUUUGAUUGUAAUAUAUUUUAAAAUCCUUUUUUUUUUUGCUUAUUGUGUGUACAUGUUCAUUUUAUUUUCAAUAUAGUAACAUUUAUUUAGAAAAGGAUUGAUUUAUUAUUACUUUUUAUAACCAUAUUUUCCCCAUGUAUCUAUACUGGAGUGUUAACUCUUUGAAAAACUAAAUAAAUUUCUCUAACACAAACAUUUGUAUUUAA